AUGAAAAAAGAAACGAAACGUGAGUUUUUAUCCAAGUGUUUUAAUGUGUUUAAAAAUAAUUUAAUACCAAAUUUUCGUGUAGCAAGAUGCGAUGCACCAAAAAUGUGGAGAGUUGCAAUGGGAGGCGUCGAUCCAGCUACGCCUCAAGCAGAGUCUUUUAUUAAUUUCCACAACCAUACAGUAACAUAUAUGGUUUUUAUUAUGUUUACAGUCCUUUUAUCAUUAAAGAGAUAA